CGACCGUUGACAAAUGGCAAGAUCAAAAGUUCACAAUAGUUGAAAAAGAAUUAAAACCAACAAACAAAUGUUGCAGCAAUUUCAUCACCUAUCUUGUUGUUAAUUAACCAUUUUUCCCUGUUUACUUCUUGUGAUAAGAUACUGUGAUGACGUAACCGAGAUUACAAUAAUUAUCGCGUCUUAUUUGACACGACGUAGAAUUGUUUGAUUUAUUUACAUUUUAACUUCCAAAAUGUCGCUAAAAACUUUAUUUUUAAGAACAAUUCUAAGACAGAACAACCUGAUCAAAUUUGCUCCAAUUCUAGUCAGAAAUCAUUAUGAAGAACAUAGAAAUUACAAUAGAUUCAGAUUCGGGAAAGCGACGGCAAUUGUAUUCGGUUCUGUGCUCAUUGGAUCUGCUGCGAAAGAGAAAAAAGAUGACAAACAAAAAGAAUCCAAGGAAGAACUCAUUGAAAUUGGAGUGAAAAGACCAGACUUACCAACAUAUAGAGCUGAAGAAGUCAGCAAACAUGAUAAUAGGUCGAGUUUCUGGGUCACAUACAAACACGGCGUAUAUGACGUCACAGCUUUCCUUCCUUCGCACCCUGGAGGGAAACAGAUCCUUAAUGCUGGUGGCUACAGCAUUGAGCCCUUUUGGAAUGUCUAUGGCAUGCAUAAGACGAAGCAAGUGUAUGAAUUACUGGAAUCGUAUAGAAUUGGUAAUCUCCAUGAUGAUGACGUGAUGGAUCACUCGGAUGAUGAGCUAUGGGUGCAAGAACCACAUAGAGACAAAAGGCUUGUUGUCAAAACAGCCAAGCCUUUUAAUGCUGAGAUUCCGGCCAAUGAACAAGUGGAAAAUUUUGAUACGCCGAAUGAUCUAUUUUAUGUUCGCCAACACAUGCCUGUUCCGCAGUUGGACCCUAAUAAGCACAAACUGAAAAUUCACAUAAAAGGGGCCAAUAAUAAAAGCUUUGAGUUCAGUCUGAAACAAUUAGAGAAAAAGUUUAAAAUUGUUGAAGUGAGCGCCGCCUUGAUGUGUGCAGGAAAUAGACGCAGCGAGAUGAAUAAAGUGAAACCAGUGAAGGGAUUGAGUUGGACGGUCGGCGCUAUAAGUAACGCGACGUGGACGGGUGUGUAUCUUCGAGAUGUGCUGCUGUACUGUGGCGUAGACCCUAAUGAUACUGAGGGAAAGCAUGUUAUUUUAGCGGGCGCGGACAUAGACGCGACGGGCGAGCAGUUCAGCACGUCCAUCCCGCUGCACAUGGCGCUGGACCCGCUGGCGGACGUGCUGCUCGCCACGCGCAUGAACGGCGAGCCGCUGCCGCCCGACCACGGCCGCCCGCUGCGCGCGCUCGUGCCCGGCGCGCCCGCCGUGCGCAGCGUCAAGUGGCUGGAAUCCAUAACGAUAUCAACGGACGAGAGCCCGUCCCACUGGCACCAGCAGGACUACCGCUCGUUCAAUGCCAGUAAAACGUGGGAGACGGCCGACUUCAGCACCGCGCCACCCGUGUACAGUCUACCCGUCACCUCGGCGAUGUGCUCCCCCUGCGACGGAGACACCGUCGAGGUCCAAGAUGGCCACAUAGAGCUUAAGGGGUACGCGUACUCCGGCGGCGGCGCGAAAAUCCUCCGCGUGGACAUCAGCUCGGACGGCGGGCGCGGCUGGCGCGAGGCGGAGCUGCGCUCGCACGGCGCGCCGCCGCGCCGCCACUACGCGUGGACGCUGUGGCGCCUGCGCAUGCCCGUGGACGCCCGCACCACACAGUUGGAGAUCUGGGUGAAGGCGACGGACAGCAACUUCAACACCCAACCAGAGAAGUUCGACGACAUCUGGAACAUUCGAGGCAUUCUCGGCAACGCGUAUCACAAAGUGAAGAUUAAUUUAAAACAUAAAUAAGCAAAGAGGUUUUAUGAAAAAAUAUUCUUAGCUGUUUUCUUCUUUUAUGGUAUAUGAAGGACAGAAUUCGAUCAAUCUAGUUAGUACCAAUAUAAACAAACAUUUGUUGAAAAAAAAUAUUGGUGAAAUAUUCUAUAGCAUUCCUUGUUUUCAUAAUAAUUUAUCUAUAUGUUGAAUGGCAUAUAGAAUAGAAGUUCGUACAAAGUAUAUCUUAAUAGUAGAAUUUUUUUUUUUUAACUUCGUUGAUGUGUAAGUUAUUUUAACAAUUUACGAGAACAAUUACAGAUUAAAAUAUUGCUCAUAUCUCUUAUGUCAAUCUGGUCAUAGAUUACAAAAUAUACACAGUUCAUAAUUUAACUUGUAAGAUACUCAGAUAUAUUUAUUUGGUACUCAAUUUUUUAUACUUUAGUGAUAAUAUUUAUAAACUAAUCGAUAUAAAUAAAAAUGAGUAGCCAAACUCGGAACGGCUCAGCUAAUUCGGACAACUUUUUUGUAUUUAUU